CCAACAAAUGUCCCCCUCUGUCUAUUGCGGCUACGUCUUCUUCCAGCUCCCGUUUGGCUCCAUCCGCUCAUGAAUUGCUUGCUCUAGCCUCUAGGAAGAAAAGAGUCUCUCCCAGAUUGGCUUCCACUCCUCAGAAGCUUCCUAAGUUGGCCAUUGCUGUCGAAACAAAACCAAACAUACCUCGUCCUCAUGAGAUCAAAACUGUUCCGGUCUCCAAGUCACUGGAUGUAAAGAUGUCACUUUCCCCUGACUUUUGUAGUCUACAAGAUGUGUCCCUGAUGAGGGGAGAGAUGCACAAGCUCAUCCUUCCUUCCUCUCCAGAUGUUUUCAAAUGCCUGCCUCCUGUUGGAUUACUGUCUGCGUCUUCGGCCUAUGCUUUUCAGAGCUUGCAAGCGAGUCUGGUUGCUGCUGAGAGAGUGGCU